AUCAAUGAACACCUUGAAAUAUCUGUCCAUGUGUUUCCUCAGAAACCAAUCAAACACAAGCCCGCACCAAUUCUUUUUCCAUGCAAAUAUUAGAUUCAUCUGUCCAAAGUUUAGUGAAAUCAUGGCAGAGAAGGCAAAGAUGGUUGCAGCUAUUCACCACAUCCAGCCAAGAAGAUCGAUUUGAAUAAUAGAGCAUUAUGGCGUACCCAUUUGGCCAAUUUCCUUGAUUCAACAUGGGUUUGUGUGUUUACAAUCUCAUUGCUCAUUGUAGACCUCAUCAUCACAAUCCUUGAGCUAUCUUCCUCUCUAGUUUCGUGUGGGCAAAACGCGAUGAAUAGCAUAGCAGAACAAUGUUUCCAUAGGAUUGGAAUUGGCAUUCUGAGUUUUCUUUUAGCAAAGACAAUGGCUUUGCUAGUAGGGAUAGGCUCUUCAUUUUUCAAGCAUGUGGGGUAUGUUAUUGAUGGAGUUGUGGCCAUAGGGGCUAUAUUUUUGGAAGCCUUUUUGGUGAGGAAAGGGGGUGGUUUGUUGGUUGUGGUGAGUUUGUGGCGUGUCAUUAGAGUUGUGGAGUGUGUCUUUGAGUUGAGUGAUGAGGCCAUUGAAGCUCAAAUUGCAAGGAUAAUUUGCCAAUUUGAGGCACUCAAAGAAGAAAAUAUGAGGCUCUUAGGAGUAUUAUAUGAGAAGGACAACAUGAUUGAAAUGCUCAAGGAAGAUUUAGAUAAAUGUAGGGAUUGAAACCCUUGCAUAAAUUAAAAAAAAAAAAUUCAUGCAAUUCACGUUGUGGCCUUACUUACGUUGUAUGUUCGGAC